AUGCAUCUGCUGGAAGAGGGAGGCAUGGACGGUCUCAAAUGCGCUUCUCCCACCCACAGGCAACUCAAAAAAUUACCAAGGACAGUGUAUCCCCAGCCAGACAUGCUAAAGCCCUCCAGACAAGAUGUCCUCCUUAUGACCCCUUGGCUGACCUUCAACACUGACUUACUCAAUGAGCAGUUCCGGCUCCAGAAUGCCACCAUCGGGUUGGCGGUGUUUGCCCUGAAGAAAUACACAUUUUUCCUGAGGGUAUUCCUGGAGACUGAAGAGAAGUACUUCAUGGUGGGACACAGGGUGAACUAUUACAUCUUCACUGACCAAUCUGACUAUGUUCCUCGCAUCCCGCUCCGUGAAGGAAGGCAGAUGGUCAUCCUCAAGGUCCAGAGUCAUGCCUCCUUGCAGGACAUCUCCAUGACGCGCAUGGAAGUGAUCAGCAACUUUUCCCAGCAGCGCUUCCUCAGGGAGGUGGAUCACCUGGUGUGCUCAGAUGUGGACGUGAAGUUCAGUGACCACGUGGGUGUGGAGAUCCUCUCGUCCCUCUUUGGGACCCUCCAUCCUGGCUACCUCAAGUAUUGGCGGGACAGUUUUGCAUAUGAAUGUCGACCUCAGUCACAGGCCUACAUUCCUGAGGACAAGGGGGACUUUUACUACUCGGGAGCCUUAUUUGGGGGGUCAGUGCUGGAGGUUUACAGGCUGACCAAGGCCUGUCACCAGGAGAUGAUGAUUGACCAAGCCAAUGACAUCGAGGCCAAGUGGCAUGACGAGAGCCAUUUGAACAAGUACCUGCUUCACCACAAACCCACUAAGGUCCUCUCUCCUGAGUACAGAUGGGAUAAGGAGCAGCUGCAGGGACUGUCCUAUCAGCAGAAGAUGGGCUUGCCCACCAACAUAAAGUGA